CUACGGUACAUGCUAAUUCGCUAGAGUUUCGAUUAUUGUAUGAGCUAUUUUGUUUUCUCAACUGGCAUAGUAGACACUUGAUAUAUCGUUCAUCACCGACAGAGGCGUUUUCAGAUGGCAACAUUCAUAGUAAAUGAAGAUAAUUUAGAACCUUGUCCUUACAAUCCAGCUCAUCGAGUGAAAAGUAGUCGAUUUCAGGCUCAUGUUAUUAAGUGUCGAGAGAAGUUUCAAUCUGUGAAUAAACAAGUUUGCCCAUAUAAUGCUAGGCAUUAUGUUUCUGAAUCAGAAUUUCAACAUCAUUUAGCAACUUGUUCAGAUAAAGAAGCUGUUGAUAAAAAAGUUAUUGAUCUUUCAAAAGAUAGCACAUUUAAAGGAAGGACUGCUGUUCCAUCUUAUUUUGGUUACAAACUUCCAGAAGAAGAAAAUUGGGAAAAUGACAAUAAUGACAAUGAAAUUUCUUAUUCAAGAGAAUUAAGUAUUUGUCAAGAAAAUGAAGAAAGAGCAAUAUCAACCAUUGAUUCAAAAAUAAAUUCCAGUAAUAGUGAUCCUGAAGUUGAUAAAAAUUCAUGUGCUGAAUCAAAUUUUGAAGAUAAACCAACUUCAAUACAGAAGGAUGAUAUAACUCAAGAAAAAUCACAAAAUCCUGUUGGACUUUCCAAAGAAAAACUGCUUGAAAGAGCUUUACAAUCAAUGAGACAGCCUAGAGGCAUAUCAUUUGGACGAGGUAGAGGAGUAUAUCAUGGAACAUGUAUGGGUGAAAAAUUUUCUACACCCAAAAAUCCUGUUGGAUUAGGCCGUGGAAUUAGUCCAGUGUAUAAUAAAAACUCAUCACUUGAUAAGGAUAAUGAAAGGAAUACUGAAGAAAUUUCUGAAAAAAUAAAAGCACUUAUUAAUUUUUUACCCCCAUGUGAACCUGGAGAAGUGAGAGAGAUUCCUAAGUCCAAUAAAGGAAAAUUGAACUAAUUUUAGAAUCUUUAUUCAUCUAUCAUCACUGUAUACAGUAUUUUUAUUUUUAUUAUCAUGGUCUUUGUAAUAUAAGAGUAGAAAACUAAGCCAUUAUCAAUUUUUUAUAUUUUUAAUUUAUAAUAAAAGCAUUUUU